AUGGCAACGACAUCACGGAUCGUGGUGGUUGGCAUCGGCGGUGCUACCUGUUCAGGGAAGACGACGCUGGCCAAGCACCUGCUUCAAAUCUUGAACCAAUCUCCUAAGGGUGGCAGCAGUAGCAGCAGCAAAGCGGGCAUCAAGGAUGCAUUUAUCCUGCAUCAGGACGACUUUGCGCCGCUCGAAGCUUCUUUGCCAGUUGACCAAGAGUUUGGCGUCGCCGACUGGGAUCAUCCACCAACAGCAAUUGACUACAAGCGAAUGUACCGCACCAUCCAGCACAUUAAAGCAACGGGGUCCUUCCCACCCGAGUUCUCGUCGCACGAUCACCUGAACUCACAGCCGGACUGUCCCAUCUCCGGGGAAGUAUCAACUAAGUGGAAGGAUCGAUUCGCUUCACUAGCAUCGACAAGCUCGCCUGCAGCGGAAGGUGUACGGGUGAUGCUUGUCGACGGAUUCCUGCUCUACUACGACCCGGAGGUACGCUCGACGAUGGACGUCCGAAUGUUCCUGCGCACGCCGCGGGCCGUUCUCAAACAGAGACGAGAGGAGAGAUCCGGGUAUGCAACAGCAGAAGGGACUGUCUGGAAGGAUCCCGAGGGUUACUUUGAUCACAUUGUGUGGCCAGCCUACGAGCUGGCGCAUAAGGGCGUUUUCAGCGAGCAAGACAUCGAGAAAGGCACGCCGGCUCAAUCCAGUGCUGAGGACGGUUCGAUACCUGGUGGGUCAGUGGAAGGACUGAAGGUGCUGGAUGCUGCUACUACGCAGCCAGGGUCGAGUUCGAGCACAUCUGCUUACUCGACAGAGAUGACAGACAUGGUGGACCAGACGUGUGCCGCGAUAUGGGACUUUCUCACUACCAAGCUUUGA